CUCUGUCCCGCCCCGGGGGAGGCGGAACUCUAAUUCCGGGCUCCUGCGGCCGGGGUGCCGUUGUGGACCGGACCACAGGCAGCAGCUGCAGGCCGGUAACGCUGCCUCGGGUGCCGGCUACGGAGCGAUGGCAGCGGCCCCAAGGAGGCUCCCUGCCCUGGCCCUGCUUGGGAGCUGCCCGUAGCUACCGCCGGGCCCGGUGGGACGGGCCGCGCCGCGCCGCGAUGAGGCUGCUCCUGCUGGCCUGUCUCCGAGCCCAGACGGGGAACGCUACCACCGCGGGCAGGAUACAGGAUCAUCUAGAAGCUGUGGGUCACAUAUGCAGUCUUAAGGAUGCUUUUGGCUACGAGAACCCAUCUGAAAUAGCAAAUCUAAUCUCUGCAGAGAAGUUUGAAGCAGCUCUGGCUAUUCAUCUUUAUAAAGGAGGCAGACUUCUGCAAGGUAGUAGAAUUCCUUUUGGAAUCAUCUUCGGUGGCACGGAUAUAAAUGAAGAUGUCAAACAUGAAGAAAAACACCGGGUGAUGGGGGCAGUGUUAGAAGAAGCCAGGUUUGCAGUGGCUUUCACAGAGAAAAUGAAGGAACUGGCAGCAGCAGAGUGGCCAGAUGCUAGAAGCAAAAUAUACAUCCAGACUCAAGGAAUUAUGACCACACCCAGUGCAACUUUUAACUGGAAGAGAUUUCUACAAAAUGCAGGGAUCCCUCAAGACACAGAAAAUUUACGCCUGUUUCUUUUGAUAUGUGGACUUAGAAGAGUCAAGGACCCUCUUUAUUUAGUGGAUGUAUUUUCAGAGUGGCACAGAAGAGAGCCCCAUAUCCACCUUGUUAUAAUUGGACCUGCAGUUGAUACACAGUUUACAAGUGAAGUCAAUGAAAAAGUUAAUAGGACACCUGGGGUACAUUUGUUACAGGAGAUACCUCAAGAUGAUCUUCACGCUGCUGUGAAAAGAUGCUUUGCAGUGGUGAACAGCUCUAUUUCAGAGGGGAUGUCUGCUGCAAUCCUGGAGGCAAUGGAUUUAGAUGUUCCAGUGCUGGCAAGGAAUAUUCCUGGGAACGCAGCAAUAAUACAACACAAAGAUACAGGACUAUUAUUUACAGAUCCCCAGGAGUUUGUCCAGCUCUCCAAAAGUCUGAUGAAUGACCCCACUUUGGAAAGAGAAAUUGUGACAAAGGCAAAAGCGUAUGUGAAGAAACACCAUUCAUGGGACGGUGAAAGAGAGGCCUAUCAAAAUCUUGUCCUGAGACUCCAGUGAAUCAUUGGGUAUCAAAUGUGGAAACUGAUCUUAUUCUGUAUCACUUUAAUGGUGACACUGUAAUCAAAUUAUU